AUGCGCGGCUCGCUGUGCCUGGCGCUGGCAGCGUCGAUCUUGCACGUGUCCCUACAAGGCGAGUUCCAGAGGAAGCUCUACAAGGACCUGGUGAGGAACUACAACCCCUUGGAGAGGCCGGUGGCCAACGACUCGCUGCCACUCACAGUCUACUUCUCCCUGAGCCUCCUGCAGAUCAUGGACGUGGAUGAGAAGAACCAAGUGUUGACCACCAACAUUUGGCUGCAAAUGACUUGGACAGAUCACUAUUUACAGUGGAAUGCGUCUGAGUAUCCAGGCGUGAAGACGGUUCGUUUCCCAGACGGCCAGAUCUGGAAGCCAGACAUUCUCCUCUACAACAGUGCUGAUGAACGGUUUGAUGCUACGUUCCACACCAAUGUGUUAGUGAAUUCCUCCGGCCACUGCCAGUACCUCCCUCCAGGCAUCUUCAAGAGCUCCUGCUACAUUGACGUGCGCUGGUUCCCCUUUGAUGUGCAACAGUGCAAACUGAAGUUUGGGUCCUGGUCUUAUGGAGGGUGGUCCUUGGAUCUGCAAAUGCAGGAGGCAGACAUCAGUGGCUAUAUCCCAAAUGGAGAAUGGGACCUUGUUGGGAUCUUGGGCAAGCGGAGUGAGAAGUUCUACGAGUGCUGCAAAGAACCCUACCCAGACGUGACCUUCACAGUCACCAUCCGCCGCAGGACUCUCUACUAUGGCCUCAACCUGCUCAUCCCGUGCGUGCUCAUCUCUGCCCUGGCCCUCCUCGUCUUCUUACUCCCUGCAGACUCUGGGGAGAAAAUCUCCCUGGGGAUCACAGUUUUACUCUCCCUCACCGUCUUCAUGCUGCUGGUAGCUGAGAUCAUGCCUGCGACCUCUGAUUCAGUGCCCUUAAUAGCCCAGUACUUCGCCAGCACCAUGAUCAUCGUGGGCCUCUCUGUGGUUGUCACGGUGAUCGUGCUACAGUACCACCACCACGACCCUGAUGGUGGCAAGAUGCCCAAGUGGACCAGAGUCAUCCUCCUGAACUGGUGCGCCUGGUUCCUUCGCAUGAAGAGGCCGGGGGAGGACAAGGUGCGGCCAGCCUGCCAGCACAAGCAGCGCCGCUGCAGCCUGGCCAGCGUGGAGAUGAGCGCAGUGGCGGGACCACCAGCCACCAAUGGCAACCUGCUGUACAUUGGCUUCCGUGGUCUGGACAGCAUGCACUGCGCACCCACCCCUGAUUCAGGGGUCGUGUGCGGCCGCGUGGCCUGCUCCCCCACUCAUGACGAGCACCUGCUGCAUGGUGGCCAGCCCUCUGAGGGGGACCCGGAUCUGGCCAAGAUCCUGGAGGAGGUACGCUACAUCGCCCACCGCUUCCGCUGCCAGGAUGAGAGUGAGGCCGUGUGCAGUGAAUGGAAGUUUGCGGCCUGUGUGGUGGACCGCCUGUGUCUCAUGGCCUUCUCUGUCUUCACCAUCCUCUGCACCAUCGGCAUCCUGAUGUCGGCACCCAACUUCGUUGAAGCUGUGUCCAAAGACUUCGCUUGA